AUGCCCUCCCAAUUGAAAAUUUCUUGGAUUCAUUACCACACAAACCCACCUCCAAUUUUCCCUUCAUCACCAUCUUCUUCCUACAAUCCCCAUACCCCCAAUUCCUUCAAACAAACAAGCCCUAACAAAAUCAGCCCAUCAGUCCUUUACAUAAUCGUAAUUCUAGCACUCCUCUUCUUCCUCUCCGGCAUUCUACACUUACUCGUCCGAUUCCUUACCAAAAAAUCCCAACCCAACACCACCACCACCACCACCACAACAGAAAUCGACCCAUCUGCCCAAAAUGCCCUUCAGAGGCAGCUUCAGCAGCUUUUCCACUUACACGACUCCGGUUUGGACCAAUCCCUCAUAGAUUCAUUGCCCGUUUUCGCGUACAAGGACAUUUUGGGUGACGCCCAAGAGCCCUUCGACUGUGCCGUCUGUUUGUGCGAAUUUACCGAAAUCGAUCGGUUGAGAUUGCUCCCAAUGUGCAGCCACGCUUUCCACAUGGGCUGUAUCGACACUUGGCUAUUGACAAACUCGACUUGCCCACUUUGCCGUGGGGCGGUUCUUGACCCGGCUUUGAACCACUUUUUCGAAAGCGACGGGUCGAGAGUUGACGACUCGUGUUCGGAUGGGAGUGGGAGUGGCGGUAUGAAAAAGAGUGUGGAAAUAGAGGAAAUUGAGGCAGAGGAGGAGAAGGAGGAGGAAGGGGUUUUUCCGGUGAGGUUGGGAAAGUUCCGGAAGACGGACGAAGGGGAGGAGGGGAAGAGUAGUGGGGAGGGGUGUGGAAGUAGCAAAUUGGGUGUGGAUGCAAGGAGGUGUUACUCGAUGGGGUCGUAUGAGUAUGUGGUAGGGAACUCUAAUCUUAGGGUGGCAUUGAGAGGGGAAAAUUCGAGCCCGGGUUCGAAUGGUGUUGGUGAGAGUGGUGAUAAUGGGAAGAGAAUAUGUAAUGGUGUGAGAAAUGAUAGCUACUCGGUUUCGAAGAUUUGGUUGUGGUCGAGUAGGGGAGGGCCCGUGGGACGUGAGGGUCGUGGUGACGAUAAUUUGGCUUCGGGUGAUUUGGGAUUGCCAUGGAUGGAAAGAAAGGAAGGGGUUUGA